AUGGAGUCGAAGGAUGUUGGUGAAUUAACCAAACCAAAUGGUUAUGAUGUGGAAGGCAAGGAAUUUAUCAGUGCUCUUCCUAAAAGCAUUAAACGACGAGUUCAAGCAUUGAAGAAAUUGCAAGUCGAGGGUAUUAAUGUUGAAGCUCAUUUCUAUGAACGUGUGCAUCAGUUAGAGGUAGAAUUUGCUCCUAUGUUCAAUGCUUUGCAUGUUAAGAGAAAAGCGAUUAUAACGGGUACAUAUGAACCCACUGAUGACGAGACUAAUUAUCCGAUUCUUCAUGGUUAUACAAAGGAAGAAAUCGAGCAAAUGGAAAAAGCAUCAGCCCCGGAGCCUAACCAGCCAACAAAAGGUGUUCCAAAUUUUUGGUUGCACCUGCUUAAAAAUGUAGAUCACGUUUGUGAGAUGAUCCAUGAACAUGAUGAACCAGUACUUCAACAUCUCAUUGACAUAACAUGUGACGUUCAGGCUAACCCGGAUUCAUAUACCCUGACAUUCCAUUUCGAACCCAAUGAAUAUUUCACUCAGACAGAGUUGAAGAAAUUUUAUACCCUACAAGUUGCUCCGGAUGAAGACGAUAUUUUUGAUUACGAUGGUCCAGUAAUAAUUAAUGCUAAAGGUACCGAAAUAGAUUGGAAAGAGGGAAAAAACGUUACAAAGAAAAUUAUUAAGAAAAAGCAGAAGAAAGGCAGCGCUGCUGGUCGUUUCAUUACGAAAACUGUGAAAGCUGACUCUUUCUUCAACUUCUUCGACCCUCCACUCAUGGAAAAUAAGAAUGAAAUCAGUGGAAAUGAUGAUGACAUUGAAACUCAGGAACUGUUGCAAGCUGAUUUUGAGAUUGGUCAGCUAUUCCGUGACCAAAUUGUGCCUAGAGCAGUGCUGUUUUACACAAAGGAAGCAAUGGAUGAAAAUGAAAUUUUCGAUUAUGAUGCGGAUGAAGAUGAAGAUGAGACGGAACUGUUUGACGAAAGUGAUAAUGCAUAA